AAAGCUAACAGGUUUUGUUUGUGUUGCAAAUGAGAUAGGCUUAAUACGAAGUGUUAUGUACAUUUUCAUAUGGUUAAAUGUUCAUAUUUUGUUUUACCAGUGUUAUUUUGAUGUUGCACUGUUCGCCGUUUAAAUUGUCUCCCUUUGAGGCAAAAUUAAGUAUUUUCAUUUGAGUCAUUUGGGAGAAUAAGACUCUUAAAUGCUCCUCUGCCCUUGUUUGUUUUAAUACAUACAAGUCAGCGAGUGUAGGUGAUAAAAAUUCGGGAUACACAGAUUUUAUCAAUUGAAAUGUAAAUAAAGUGGAUUUUUUCUUUUUUCUUAUUCGAAUUGGAAGUUGUACGUCCCUCAAUGCAGAGGCGGAGAGGCGAUUUGUUUACGCCAUAGCGUCACUAAUCUGUUGCUGCGCUAAUCCAGCUCUGUGCGCAGUAGGGGACAUAUUGUAGUAGCGGGUUUAAAACAAUGGGGAGAUAUACAAUUGGGACGUCUAGUGCAAACAGGUCAAACCUUAUUGUGGUUUUGAAUAAGUGCGAAAACAUGCAGCAGUUUUAGGGUGUCUGACAGAUUGUACAGAACCGACAAAGAAAUUUCUGCUGACAGGGACUGUGUUGUAGCACCUUCACAAAAUGGAAAAGUAUCCCCAGAAGAAACCAUCUGGGAAACCUUCAAAGACUCAGAUAAGAAGAACACAAGGAAACUUCAAUGUGCAGAGGAACUUGGGCCUUCUUGCUGAUGAUGGUAAUGAGGUAUUGGGAGUUCUUUCAAUGUCCUGUCAAGACCAGCAGUCAAACCUGCUCCGUUCUGCAGGUAGAUUGAGCUCUGGGAGCACUGGCAAGCACUUGAUCCUGAAACAGAGGAAUCUUAACAAUGAAGAGGAAUGGCCAGCAACUCACAGCCAUUACAUGAUGAAAAGCAGCCGACCUGGAAAAGCAACUCAUCAGGACCUGGUGCACAGUAUGAAACCAAUUCGGUUUAGCAGAGAUAACAGUGAUCUCAGUUGCAAAGGCUAUGCAUCCGCCUGCAGUAAUACUUACAGCUCAGUUACCAAAGAUGAUCUGCAUUAUGCAUUCAAGCCUGAGAAACAGAAAGAUAUGAGCCUGCAGCAUUUGGUGACAGAAUCUGCUUUUCGUGCAAAUAAGAUGCUGGUUCAAAGCAAUGUUCAAAUCUGCAAAGCUCAUGAAAAGCCUUCUGUUUUAACUAGUGAUGUCAUUUUUAAUCCAGAGUGUUCUGAGCUUUCAAGUCAGGAAGAGCCAUGUUUUAAUAGAGGAACAGAGAACCCUUGUAAUUUAAAUGAUUACAGUCCUGCUUGUCAGAAACUGGCAUCUGAACAUUUUUCCACAUUUCAAAAUGUCCUUGAUUCAUCUUGGACUUCUGCAAGCAUGAAGAUGUCAAUGCUGGACCUUAGGAAAAGUGAAGAUUUGCUAGCAUCUGAAUCAGCAGAACGACAGCCACCUAGUUCCUGUACAGCUUUUUCUUCUUCUAGUGAUUCUGGUGAUGGAACCGAGAAUAAAGGACUUCAUAACACACCAAAAAAUAUAUCAUGUUAUUUUGUUCAAAGAGGAAGAAGUUGUUUCACAUGCAAACUGGCUUCCAAGUCAGAUAAAACUAUAUCCAUAAACAAGAAAGUCCAUGAAAGCCAUCACUUUUACCCAGAGAAUAUCAAGAUGUCUUCACAUUUUUGUGGUGAUGAUUCUGCAGAGCUGUCCAGUUGCCCACAUGCUACCAUUGCAGAAUCACUACCUGUGGCAGUGGAGAGCUCAAAAAGUCAGAAAGGAGGCACAAAAGUUCUGUGUUCAGGGCUUAGAAGAGAGCUCACCUCGGCUGAAAACCUUGGUCUAAAAGAAGUAAGGUAUCCAUCAUCUGUCUGUCAAGGCUUCAGUCAUUUUAAGAGUACAGGAAAGGAACUGGUUUCUUUAGAUCCCAUACAACUUCAGAGCACUUUCGAUACCGCUGAUUCAAGUUCAUGUAUAAAUGUGGAGAUGGAAAAAUAUUCAUUUUGGGCGCACAGCAUAACAGACAACACUGAGGUCUCCAAAUGUGAUUCGCUGAUGGACAGUCUUCACCUAAUUAAAGAAAGCUAUAACUUAAUACAGGAGGUGACUGGUGAGUCUGACACAAAGGUAGUAGGUAUAAAGAGAAAUCAUCAACAGUUAGGCUGCCUGCAGGGUAUUGGAAAUUGUGAUUUUACAACAGAAAAUAGUCACACUAAACAUAAAAGAAUCAAAUGUCGGGUUAAUGUAGCUGAUAUGUGUUCUACUGAAGAGGAACAACCGUCUUCGUUUCCACAAUUUCUUCCCGUGCAUGGAUUUAAAGAAAGCAUUUGUUCUAGCAGAGGUGGAACCAAGCACUACAAGAGGAGUGUAGGUGUUGCAGAAAUAAAACCCCUGUCAGCAAGUCAUAGGAGCAAGUUAUCUAAGCAGCCUUCUGAUCCAGUGAAGAUAUAUAGCUGUGGCCCUGUUGUGGCAGCAAAAGGAAGAGGAUUCUUGUCACUGUACAGACACCAGCUUCUAGCCAAGUGUUUUGAGACGUGGGUGCAACGUGUGAGACAGAACGCUACAGCAAGGCUUGAACACAAGAAACAGCUGCUGCAUUGGCAGGGGCUGGCAGGGGCUGUCCAAGUACCGCACUUGCAGUAUGACAACGUUUCAAAAAGAAAGAGAGCUGGGAUGUUAUCUCAGUGCUUUAAUCAUUGGAAAGAAGCUUUUGCACGCAGACACAUUUUUCUCAAAAAGACCACUCCUGACAUUGAUUUGAACGUGGAGGCUUUAAGAAGACGCCUUGUUCGACCCAGUAAUGAGCUCAUUUUAAGAUCUGCUUAUUGCCCACGGAGGAGGAACAUCACAUGCCUGCACAUACCCAGGGCUGCUGAGAUACACUAUAACUUGACACUGCUGUGCAAGCACUGGGCCAUCUGGAGACAGCUCAAGAUAAAGAAGAAUGCAAGAAGACAACAGGAGCAGGCCUUCUUUUGUAUGGAACACACUCUGAAGAAGAAGGUCUUUAUGGCCUGGAGCACAGCUGUGUACAAAACACGGCUUGCCAAAAAAUGUUUUAGGGACCAUACAGUAUCUGCUGUGUUCAAAGCUUGGAGUAUGCAGGUGCAAUAUAUUAAGUGUGAGAGACAGCAGAAAGGUUUUCUGACCUCCCAGUUUCAGAGAUCUUGCCUUCUGAAACAAAGCUUUCAUCAUUGGAGAUCCAGACUAGGAGUCUAUCAAAGUGAACAGGAGAAAAUACAAGAAAUAGUCAGGAUGGCAGCUCAGCGUUGGCGACAGGCUGCACAUAAGAAGAAGCUUGAGGGCCUGUGCUCUAGAGCAACACAGGUGCUUUACAGAAGGAGACAAGCAAUUGCCUUCAGGACUUGGCAUGAACUCAAGGCCUCUGUCGAUUUGGAGAGAAGCAGCGUGAUGAUUGUGCGCCAUCUGCUGGAUGAGAGAAAGCUGAAGGCUGCAUUUGCCUCCUGGCACAGGUUCAGUUUACAAAGAAGAGGAGCGCAGCUGUUCUGUGAGAAAGCACAAAAAAGACAAUUGCUGUGUUGCUUGGAGGCUUGGAGAAAACUUGUUCAUCAGAAAUCAAUCUCCGUUUAUUACUGGGCUAAACUUCAGAGGCACACGGUGAAGCUGUGUUUCCAGCGCUGGAAGCAAGACGUGGCACUGUUCUGUCUACAGAAGACGUUUGUCAUCCACUUAGUUGAAGAAAGGCAGCGGCAAGCAAAAGAUAAAUGGAAAGGGUUUCAAAUGAAGCAAGUCAAUGCCUUUUCGGCAAUGAUGGAUCGUCACCACAGAGCUGAUGAGCUGUGUGCAGCUUUGGUACUCCAGGGGGCCUUUCAGAAGUGGAAAGAGGAGCAAUACAAACUGCAGAUGGCCAGAGUAUUUUCUGAAGCUGUGGAGAAAAGGAGAUUAAGAGAUGUAGUCAAGCACUUGCACAGGGUGGCAGAGCAUGCUGUGAAUGACGGAGUGCGGAGGCUCAGUUCUGCAGUGGAGCUGCGGGAGUUCCAGGCGCCAGGUCCACUCCCAGAGGACUCUCCCCCUGCCUCAUUUCCACUGCACACAGCCUGCAGCUCCUUUCAGCAGGUCAUCCUGGACAUUGUGGGGAGAAAGGGGCACAGAGGUCUGCACAUCAGUUUAAUGUCAGUAGAACACAUGAAGAGUGAGAAGACCGAGCUGAAUGACUGGUCAAAGGGUGCCCACGAGCAAGAGCUCCCUUUACAGACCUCCUCAUCACCGUGCAGGCUAAAACCAGGAAUGACAACUACAGACAAUUUGGACCAAACUGUAGACAUCUGUACACUUCCCCAUUGGGAGCACAGUACAGUGAUGCUCAAAGGGCCUAAAAGAUUAAAGGCUUUGGUUCGCUUUGCAGUCAACAGAAUCAUGCACCAGUCCGUCAGCAUGGCCUUCCUUCAGUGGAGGCUUUACGUUUCAAUGCGCAGAGAAAUAAAUAUUCUGACUGGCUACUUUAAAGGUUACAGGAGCCAGUCGGUAAAGAGCAGUGUUUUUGAUACCUGGAAGUGUGAGACAGUAAAACAGAUCAAUGCUAAAAACUGCUGGGAGACGGGGCUACUGAGCAGAAGUCUGGACCUUUGGAAGAGAUUGGUGUUUCAACAGAGGAGAAAAUGUCUUCUACAGAAGAAAGCAGUUCAGUUUCACAAAUCACACCUUUUAACUCUGAGCUUCACAAGUUGGCAGAGAAAGAGGAAACUGAAGGUCAUCAAUGGUGAUGCUGAGGAUCUUGUCCAGCAGGAGAGAAAAGCUCUGUGGUUUCAGAAGACAGUGGAAAGACAGAGGGUGCAUCAGAGCUUCACUCUGUGGGCUGCACAUGUACGGCAGUCCUGCAGAGUGUUAGUCUACUAUAGACAUGCUCUCUUAACAAGAGUGUUUGUUGCCUGGGAGAGCUGGGUGCAGCGGGACAGGGAGAGGAGGGCUCUGGUAGCACAAAUAAGCAGGCUGCGCUGCUGUCGCCUCCACUUCGCUAGGUGGAGAGUCUGCCUGGCACAGCACCUGGAAGCAGAGAAGAGGAUUGCUGACAGAUGUGUGCGGCGCAUCAGGCAGACUCUGCUCCACUGGCAUUCACUUACACACCAUAAGUGCCAAAUCCGAAACCUUCUGUCCGCAUUUUUGCACAAUAUGCAGAGGACUCUGAAGAAGAGAGCACUGUUAAUCUGGGCACAGAGGUCAGAGAACCUGCAGAAUGCCAAGAUCUGCUACCAACGAUCUGUAAAGAAGAGAUGUUUACAACAAUGGCGCAUGGCUUUGGUCCACGAGGAACACCUGCGGUACGAUCUAAACAUGUUUCUGGUUGUCAAAGCUGAGAGAGACACGCGGAUGGCUUUCGUGCUGUGGAAGGAGCACUGUGGCAACAAACAAGCUCACUCCCAGCAGAGACGCGAUAGGAUUCACAGUCUGGUUGAGCGAGCUGCUCUUCACUGGAGGCGGAUCAUGCUUCUCAAUCAUGCAGAUACUAACUACAGAGGAAGGCUGUCUCUACGCACAUUUCUGCGCUGGAGGCAAGCCCUGGCCUGCCAGCAGGAGAAGCAAAGAGUGUUAAAGAUUUGGCAUGAAGUGACUCAAACCAACCUGACACGCAGCAAGACUUCAUUUUUGGCACAGUGGCAUGCACAAUUCAGAGAGGUUCAGCAAAGACAAAGAUCUUUGGAAUGGAGCCUAACCAAAGAAGAGAAUUCUUUGAAAGCAGCUGUGAUACAUCACUGGAAACUAGCCACCAGAGUGCAGCAGGCACACAGGCUUCACAACAGGAUUGUUCUGCUUCAGUACUACUCUAGAUGGAGAUGGCAGGUUGCAAAAAAAUGCAGAGACAGAAUUAUCUUGAAUACAACGCUGACCGAAGAUUGGUACCAUAUGAGACUCUGUGAGAAGUACUGGAAGAGGUGGCACUCAGGAGCUCUCCUGCAGAAGUUUCACAGGCGCCUGCAGAGAAGACGCACAGCUCUCCUGUGGGAUCAGUGGAAGAGCGAGACUGCAGCCAUCCUGUUCACCAGGAGCAUGUAUGAACAGAGCCUGCUGGGGAAGGCUUGGAAAAUGUGGAGGAAAAGGAGGAUACAGACAAGAGUUUCUGUUGCAUUUUUGGUGCAGCAGAACAGAGCCUUGUUAACUGAGGUUUUCACUGCCUGGCACAAACGCAGCUUUGCCCAGAAGAUGUUACAUUAGACAGAGGAAGGGUGACGUGGUCAUGUGUGACAGAAAAGUAUGGACUUUGGAUCUAACUGGUGGUGUGAUGGUGCUUCUCUCGAGACUUGCAGUGAUUGUUGCAGUCCUGUAAAAAUCAAGAAACCAUCAAACCUGUUAGAUGAUUUGUAUUGUCUAUCGCGAUUGCAUACUAGAAAAGGAAAACAAAAUGUGCAUAUUCAUUUGUGGACUUCUAGUCAGAUGUUGAUUACAUCUCUACAUCCCUUGUAGUUUAUUUUAAUCUACCUAAAGAUGUAUAGAUGUUUAAUAAUUGUCACAGUACUGUGUCCAGGGUGGAACUCCUGCCCCCUCAUUGGUCAAUGGAAGAACUGGUUGUGUCAUAGAUAUGAGAUUAAUAUAUAAAAGUGACCAGAUUUCUUUUUCAUUCCUUGUAAUAUUUCAGUGUAGUGCAUAGUUCUAUUUUCUCUCCAAUUGGUACAGUAUUCAGUUAGCUAUAUGAAGUGAAACUGGAUUAUAAAUAAUAACAUAAUAAAUAACAUAAAUGAUUUGUUUCUGAAAACAUAAAAGACAGAUCUUCCAUAAAUUCCUAAAAAUCCUAAUCCUAGUGAAACCCAGCUCCCUGCAGCUCCCUCUUCAUAAACAGACUCCUUUUGUGUAAAUAUUGGCAUGGAGCCUUGCUGAGAAAUGCAUCCCUUAAGCACAUAAACCACAUAGCACAUUCGAGCCAGGACUCCCCAUACUGGCAGUGGAUCUGCAAUUUCAGACAUCAACAUUUAAUUUGCUGGAAAUUGUAUUAACAGCUUAAAUCACUAUGUUUUCAAGAUGUAUGAUUAGUUAUGCUCUGAAUUUUGUGAAAUAUUUUAAAUGUCUUUGCACUCUGAUAUUACAGAUUAAUAUUUUAAGAGCUUUUGAGUACAAAUUCCACAUUAUUGAUUGUGAAAAAGUUCAGAUCCAUGGUUUUACCAGAGUUUGUGACAGUUAAUACAACCUGCUGUUACACAGACUGAAUAAGUUUGCCUUACAUGAGCAAACAGUUUAAUGGCUAAAAAUACUUUUAUCAUGCCUGUUACAGCAUGUACUAUACACGUGGCUGAUUGGAGUAACCAAAUGAGGCCUGUAGAAGGUUCUGCUAAAGGCAAAGCAUUCUACACAGAAGGUAUAGUUUCACUAUCUCCAAAAGGACCUCAGCUAGACUCGAAGAACACAGACGACAUGCUACUUGAGUCUUGUGGCUUAGUAUUUAAAAUAGUUGCUAGGCUCUGUGUGCUGUCAGUUCAUAUUUUCUAAAUAGAAUUAAGAGCAGCGGGAGCAUUUUUAAACGGUAUCCUUUAAUCUGAAAAAGAAAACAGAUUUUGCAUUUUUACAUUUUAUAGAAGGGAGAAAGAGUAACAGUGCAUUCUCUUGACCUUUCACACACUUCCAUUACAAUGUGCAAUUGCCUGUUCCUCACUCGGGGGGCCAGUGAGUUCACUUGUGGUGUCUCAGCUGUUUCUUUACAGCUCCUCCCUGUACUUUCUCAUGUUACCAGUGUUCUCCAGAGCCAUUACCUCAGUCUUUUUGGCUCAUAAUGGCCAUUUAAUGCUGCAGUACAGUACUCUGUAGAACAUUCUCUUUUUAAGUGUUUAAUCCCGGUCCCAAUUUCUUUAAAAAAGGCAAAUAAGUGUGAACUACAAUUACAACUGUGUGAAAAAUAGCCAUAUUGUAAGACUGUAUAAACACCCUCUAUCUUUCAGGCUUUGCAAGAAUGAAUUACAAAGCACAACCAGUUUAUACAGUUUAUAGAAAACUGUUUUGUAUAAAAUGUAUUUUAUACAAAAAUAUAUGUAUAUAUGUGGAGGCUAUAAAGACUUGUAUUAACAAAAUCCUGGUUCGAAUGUCAGGAAUCAAGACUGAAACCAAUUUUGUUGAACCCAGAUAUCAGAACAUUAAUGUGGCAGAUGAAAAGUCACAGCAUUAUUAAACAAAGGAAUACAAAACAGAAGUGCACACAUGAAAUAUUAGUGGGUUAUCAAGUUCAGGAAGAUAAGAGGUUUUGUACUAUGUCCACUCUGUACAUGGCAGUAUGGUAUGACUUCAUGUCAGAUAAUGUGACGUAAAACCUGCUGAUGAAAGUGACCCAAUCCUUGCAAUUUAUUCAGGUUUGUGAAAAUAUGGCCACAUUUGUAGGAUCUAGAGGCAAAUGACCAAUUCUUUUUCAGAAGGAUAAAAUAAAAUGGGUCUUGAGACUCUG